UGUCGAUUUCUCAUAUCUACGACUUGUUUUUCUUUCCCGGUUGUAGAGGAAAAGAUGCAAGAACUCAUGAUUUGAAAUGAGCUGGUAAGUACAACGUACAUGUAGUAAAACGAGAUUAUAUCUCCAUAAUGAGUGACAAUUUUUUUUUCAAGUUAAUGUUUUUAUUUAUAUGUACUACAUCUGAUCCUGAUUCAGUUGUACACUAACGUUUUAUAAACACAGCUGAUCAUUACUACAAAGUCGUUUCGAUACGAACUCAAGCAGUAAAGCUGCACAAAAAUUUCGUGCACUUUAGGUAUCGUUUACUUGUGAACAAGGAGAACAUUUUGGGUGAUCGAAUACAGUAAAACCCCGGGACUAAGGACCUGGAUUUUAUGAUUACAAACCUGUUACCUGCUAGUUAAGCCCCCUCUAUAAUAACCUGUUUAGUCUAAAAGGUGAAACCUUUUAUUUUCUAAAAUUUAUGAAAAAAUUCUGCACAUUAGGGAAAAUAAGAUAAUAAUAAGUCAACAUUCAGAAUCCUCUUUGGAGACAUAGGUAGACAUAGCUGCAACAUAAUGUAAAAGCCAAUUAUGUUUAAAUCAAAUAAAAUUGUCAUUGAUACAAUUACAAAUCAAAUAAGUUUUUCUUUUUCUGUUCGUUUUACCAUAACUUCUAAUUUGGUAUGCAGAUAUUAUAAGCUGAACCACUAAAAUACUCCUACCCACAUUGUAUUUUUUUCCUCAGAAAAUAUGAAACUUGUAACUAGCUUAAAUUUGCGCUAACUAUCAUUUAUAUAAGAACCUGUUUAGGCUAACUUGGAAAAAUCCAGGUUCUUAGUCUUGGGGUUUUAUUGUAUUCUUGGUUCUUUAAGCCAAGUACAUGGAACUGUUUCAUGUCACCCGAAUUUUAUCAGGUGAAGUGCGCAGAGAAACAAAGUUAAUUUUUGUUAAAUAAAGAGUGUGUGUAAUAUAUCUCUUUCUUUAAACCAUCAUGAGUCAAAACAAACAGAAUGAAUGUGUAACAUGCCUCAUUUUUUAAGUGAUGAUGAGACGAAACAAGCAGUAUAUUAAGCGCACUUAUGUCUAAUAUACUGUAUCUCGCUCUUUAAGUGCCCUUGUUGAACAACAAAGCAAGCACAAUAAACGAUAAACAUAUCUCGUUCUUAAAUCUUCGAUGAGACAGAACCAGGGCAAUACAUUACGGAAUCGCGCCUGUAGAUACGCGUCGCUAGUAAAUGCAAAUUUUUCUGUCAAUCAAAUGUGUCCUAUUAUUUAUAGGUGGUGUCCUAUUAUUUAUAAAUUGGUAAAACAUCGUUAUUGUUUUGGAAACAAUAGAAGAACAAAAGAUAACAGAAAGAUCAGGUUAUGCAGUCUUAAAGCGUGUUGCAUGACUUAAAUCAGCUGGAGCAUUUCUCCUAGCUUUCCCGCAUUAAAAUGUUGGAAUGAAAAGUCUGAAGCUUAGCUUUUAAAAUCUUGAUAGCCAAAAUAAAAGGGGUGCCCCAAAAGGCAAGCAUUUGGGAAUUCAAAAUCGAUAUUUUUGUCUCCAGCGAAAUCUGGCGGAUGAACAGUAAUUUGCAUAUAAGCGUAAGUGAAGCGAAAUAGAAUACAAAUUGCCGUGGUUGUAAACACAACGUUUCCUCGAAGUUUUUUUCCUUUUGAAAGCGUAAAUUCGCAUGAAAGAGCUCAGCUCGCACAAAAUAAUAUAAAAUGAAACGAAUCAAAUCGAAAAGUGGUAAAAAAAAGUCAGGAUAUUUCAAUUCGAUGGAAAUUAAGUGAUUGGGUAGGUGAUUUGCAUACUGAUAAAAAUAACUUCUAGCGCAGUUCAAAACCGUUCGGCUUCCUGAAUUGUUUUCCUGGAAUUCUUUACAUUCUGCUGGCCUAAAUCGUUAAAAUAUGUUAUGAAGUCAAAAUAAAGAAUCAAUUUGAGCGUUUGUAUUUCCUUAUAAAACAGAGAGUUGCGCGAAAGCUUCGAUCUAUAGAUUUUCUUAAGUUAAAUUACCUUUGUAUCAUGGAAACAAUACCCUAACACUUGAGUCUUGUAUCAAAGGACGCGACAAGCGUCGGCUCCCUUUGUGAGUGCGCAAAUAGUCAUGGGACCCGCGAUUUUGCGGGCGACACAGAUCUAGAGGCGCCGUUCCGUAAUGAAAUGUGUAAUAGGAAUGCUAGGAUGUUGUUGAGCAUGAUAAAAUUUUGGGCAACAUAACUCAGCAUUUCAGGCACCUUGACUAAAAACUUGACAUAACGUGAGGCAAGAUGUCUUUUGGGGGACUUGACCAUACUGUUUAUUCACUACAAGGUUAGUGUAGUUUGCAUGUGAGCAAGAAAAACUUGUUGGGUGAAUAUUUUUCAUUCUUUAACUUAAGUCUAGAAUGUGGCACUAUUUUUAACACCCCGAGUGAGUAAACUUGUAUCGAAAUAACUUGUACCAGCACAACUUUGUAUCGAAACAACCAGUAACUCCACAUGACAAGCAAAUACUAGCUAGUUGUAAAUUUAUUUGCCAAAUUUGAACCCAUUAUGUAUACAAUGUGCUUCUCAUUAAACAAUAGGAAUCCCUUCAGGAAAUCAAAGCCCUCUCCGAAGCAAACGGUGAGUAGAAGUUUGCUUGUUUAGUACGUCUCUAAAAAUAGACCUUUCCACGGUUUUUUUCAAGUUCAAGUUUCAAGUUAGUGAAAAUCUACAGGUCAACUCCACUGGAAAGAGCGCCUUUAUCAAUUAUUGAUCCUUAAGACAUAUCACUUUCAAACUUUGUUGGUAUACCAAUAAUAAAGCACUCUCUCUAGUAAUAUGAUAUCAAUGGAUUUUCCCUAACAGGUCCAUCUCGAAAGCUGAUUAAUAUUUCAGUAAUUGACAGAAACUAAUCUCUUCUUUUCAAUUUGAUUGCAUUGGGGCUUAGUUGCUUAUGAACUUUUUUGUGCAAAUGUGGCAUUUAUUCAAGGGUGGCACUUAAUCAGGGACAGCACUAAUGUCUUAUUCUAGUAAAUACAGUAUGCACCCUAGAGAAGACCUUUAUUGCUGCUGCUUGAAAGCCCAAUAUGACACUCUAAAGAGACUUGCAAAGGCAGAUAACCAUUUUCAGAACUCUGGUGAUUUUUGAUUGCAAUUAAGAUGUCUCUCAGACCUCUCUGCUGCCGUCGACUGAGUGUAACAGUGCCUGUUUGUUUCUUAUAACCAACCUAAGUGAUAUUUCUAUGAGUAACACUAAACAUUUUUUUUCCUGGACACCCUUACAAGUGAGACCAAAAUAUGAAAUUUAUACCUGCACCCCUAAACAAGAUGAAGAGCAUCCCUGUCUUUUUCGUGUGGGAGUUGGCCUUUCUAAGUUGGAGCUGACUCUUUUAAUAACAUGUUUAAUAAACCAAUUUGUUUCGAUAUGCUUUGAAUUCAUAUUUAACUCCAAGGCUUGGGGAAACACUCUAGAGAAGUGUAUCACAGUUUAUUCAUCCCUGAACUUUAAGGUGUUUUUUUCCUUUUAUUUCCCUCAAUCCCUCUACCCAAGUACAUAUGUAUGGAUUUUGUUCUUUUAAUAGUUAUCCAUUGACAUGAACUAUGCAGUGCGCAUGCAAGACAAUUUUAUAAGGGUGAUUUAAAACUAGCUUUCAUCAACAGUUUUUUUUCGGCUGAAACUGGUCAUUUGUAUAUUCCAACCAGUGAAAAGUGAUUUGGGACAAACUGGUUUGCUCUUAACUAGUCACUCACUAAAAUUGCCUGAUGAGUGUGGUCACCUUUAGGCCAUACUAAACAGAGCUGUGGCAAUAAAGCUAUGGAUAAACUCUGAAGCCUGGAACUAUCUUUGAAUUGCAUUAUUGUUCCUGAAAAGUUGAGCACUCUAGAAAAAUUAUUCUAAACAGUUCAGAAAAUAUAUAUUUUAAUUUGGAUGACUUAGUGGUAUGAAUUUUUCCAUUCAACUUCAGGCUUCUACAGUGUAUUGUGAAGGCGCAUUAUUUGUGGGCGUUCUUUCCUAAAUUUGUCAGACAUUAAAUUUUCAAGCAUACUAUUGACUGCUUUGGAGUUUAAAUUUACUAAAAUAUGACUAAUUUUAUAAUAUUGUCAAUUAAUGGUGAUAUGUAUUAGGUAACGUGUUGUCUUGUGUCUGCUUACCUUUUCUCUUAACUUUUGUAACAAAUUUUGUUAAUUAUCUGUUUCCAUUAGAUUAACCUUUUCCAAUAUACUCCUGAAAGUGCCAAGGCAUGUGAUUUUACUUAGCAGUUCUGAAUAUACAUACACUACCUGAUAAUGCAUGUGUUAAAACUGUUGUCGGAUUUCUCACAAUUUACAAACAUUUUUUGUUUUAUUACAUCACAAAAUUGGCAUUGAAACCAGCUGGUGUAACAUAUUUUACCCACAGUACCACUCAUCAAGACACUGAUCUUGUUAAUUAUUAAUCAGAGCCAAUUUUCAAGUUCACUAAUGCUUUCAAUGAUAUGUUCAGGACACUAAAAGUCUUUAAAGAUAUUAAGUUCCCAAAAUCAGUCAAAAGAGGAGGUAUCAAAACAGUAGUUUUGAAAUUAUUUGGGUUAUUUCAAUAUCAAAUACUUGGUUUAAGCAAAAAAAGUACAAGUAUAUUAUGUAAAUUCAGUUGUAAACAAUUUUGAUCAGAGCAUCGGAAAUUCUACAAGCUGGUGCAACGCAACUUUGUCUUGAAUCUGUGGAAAAUUUAAAAUAUAAUGUUUAGCUGCAUGGGAAAAAGAUCAAAAGUAAGAAGAAAAUACAACACCCUUUGGGUAAGAUUUUUCUUUUCUGUGAGAGCUGAGUUUUUUUCAAGGUCUUGUUUUAAUUUGUGUUGAUGGGUAGAUAUUUUUUUAUUGUGAUUUCUUUCAAUGUGAGACACUGUUUAAGGUUGUGUGGCACUGUUUACUUGAAAUAUAUCAUAAGAAAUAUUAUAGCAGAAUUCUAAUUUACCGUUGACUUAUUUUUUCCCUGAAAUAAAGCACAACUUGGAAAACUGGAGUAGGAUAAAUCCAUGUGAUGAAUAGGACAAUAAUUGCACGAUGACAUCAUUUUACUACAACUACCAGAAUCCUUCAGUUUGUUGUUUUCUUGUGCAAAUUAGGACUAUUGUUCUUUAAUCCUCAGCGGGAUUGACAAAUUUCAAUAACAAAGCAAAAACGAAAUGAAUUCUGGUAGUUGUAGUCAAAUGUCUUCAUCGUGAAAAUGGCCUAUUUCAACAUUAAUUGAUGUAUCAAGGUAACAGACCUGUUUUUGCAUCUCAGUGCAUCAUGUCAUCAUCACCGAUGAUUGAGAAAUUUCUGGCUUUAUGCAGUAGACAAGAAAUGUUAGAUAAUAUGCAGCAAAUAACACAGUUCAUUAUAGCAAAGCAGCAUUGAUCUUGUAAAAGAAUUAUGUGCAAUUAAUAUCAGUACUCAUUUAAACUAAUUUUCUACUAGGGUGAUAGAGAAUUUGAAAGGGAGGUAGCCAGAUUUAACCAGUAAGUACACCGUUUAAAAUUAUGCUAUACCAAUACUUUAGACUUGCUUUAUGGGUACUUUGAUUAUAAAAAUGUUGGUUGACUUUAUCAGAAAUAUUUUUCACAUUUCUGCAAUCCUUUAAAGUGGCAGAGAAAACACCUCCCAAUAGUUUUCUUUAACCUUCAUAUUUUGGCGAUGAGAAUCUUUUAUCUGUCAGUGGGCCAAAAAACUACGAAAAUGAUCAAUUUGUGCAUGUUACUAUCAAGAGUGAAUUUUAAGACUGAAUCUAAAUGUUCACUGGUUCUUGUUUAUUGUCAGAUUUAUUGAAUGAACACUGGUAUAUGGUUAAGCCCAAGGUAGUGAAGAGAAACAAAGUAGAGGAAAAGCUUGGCAUAACAGUGUAUUUUUCUAUCAAUUUUAUUCAGAUUGGAAGGAGCAACCAAGAAAAUUUAUAAAGAUACCAAAAAACAUGGAGAUGCUCUUUCAGGUAAAAUAAUAUUAUUAUUUUACGUGGUAUGCACUCAAGGAUCAAUGACAAAGACAGGUUUACACACUUUGGUAGUCUUUUGGUCAUCAGUGCAAAGUGCCUGUUACUGGCAUAAGGUUGCCUAUCUAAGAAAUUCAUCAUUCAUUUCUCUAUAAAAUCUAUGCACCCCCCAGCACCUUCUAAUGGAGUGUUUAUUAGUUUGAACCUCUGUGCCCAACCUCUACCCUCUAGAACUUCCAGUUUACAUUCAUACUUUAGAUUCAUACAGUUUAGAUUCAUGCAUGUCCUCUUUUCUUCCAUAAUCCUGGCCCAGUGACCCACCCUUUUUGACGUGUGUAUAGAAAUAUUUUCUGGAACCAGUCAUAACAAAUAUAAUAACCUUUGAUUCUUUUAGCUCUGUCAAAAGCUGAACUAAAGAUUUAUCAGGAUCUGACGACAAGUCCAGUUUCACAAGAUGAGUUGUUCAAGGAACCGGUAAUGUCAUUGAUAAUACUAUUUAUCAUACUUAUACGUAAGAUGUUUUAGUCUACUUUGAGUAAUGUUCAGUCACUGACUCUGUCCUGAUUUUUAAGAUAUUACUAAGUUAUUAAACAUCUGUGAAUUCCUCCACACACUUUCUCUUAAAAUAGGUGUUGUAACACACCAAUUUUUUAAAUCCUGGCACUACUUAUUUUAAAUUACAUGUUAAGAUUCUUGGUCAACUCAUGAAGCUUUAAGAGCCAAUCUUGUUUAUUGUUAUGUUAAUCAAUCUGAUUAUUUUCCUUUGAUAUGUUACUAACAGUUGCAAGAAUGCACUGCAUGUGCUGAGAAGCUUGAUGAGCUAAGGCAGGAACUGGUACGUUGGUUAAUUGUAUUGGAGGUCAUCCCUUUGUUGGCUUCUUCUUGAACAGCAAAAGUGAAGCUUAAAUAGAAUUUCAGAUCAGACAAAAGCCAGCCAGCUAAAUAAGGGUGCAAAAGCUCUUGGCCGAGUUGUUCAAAGCUGGGUUAAGAUAACCAAGGGUUAGUGCAAGAUUUGAAUUCGGAUUUGAAAGCUUAAAAAGCAUUUCAGUUUAAAUUCUUUUUGUCUACAAGUUGAUAAUUGGAAGCUCUAAAAAUAACAGAGAAAAUUAUCAGAGAAAAUGCUUUUGAACACAAGAAAAAGAAACCAGGGUUAAAUUUAACCCCCCAUUAAGCGCUAAUCAGCCUUCGAACAAGUGGGCCCUGGGGCUAAAAUCAUCCAGGAAAAUGCUGAAUACAAAGAGUGAUCCGCCCUGUGAAGGGGAGAGAAUUGGAUUUAAGGUUCAAUAGACCCUUCCGCAAUUUUCUUCAAUGUUUGGCUGGGACCAAUUAGUGAAAAUCCAUCUACACAGCUGUAAAGAAUGCGUUAAAAUUAGGAAAGUUGUCUGGUGUGAAACUGACUUGUUGAAAAGUAAUGAAGAUGUAGCUGCGUUAAUUCACAGAAUUUUACUGAUGUUUGUAUAGUGGGGGGCACGAACUUGCCCACAUCCAUACAAAUGUUGGUAAAAUUUAGUGACUUUGAGGAGCAAAUUUUAUAUCUUCACUCUCUUGGACCUAUUAAACAUGGUAAUUUUACUGAUAUGAGACCCUCUUUCCAGCCAUGUCAAUGGAUAUUCACUAACUGGUCUAUGAUUUCCAUCUUUCCCUGUGUGUAUCAGUAAUCUCUAGGGGAGAAAGCACAGUAUACAUUUCCUGCGCCCAGAAAUUAUGACAAACUCUCUUUUUAACUUUGUGGAGAAUAUCCCAAGCAUGAUUCUUGUUUUCUUCUUGUUCUUUUUUCCAGGCAACUAGAAACCAAAAGACUGUCACGGAACCGAUGAAAAAGUAAAAGUUUUGUGUUCUUUGUUAGGAUUUAUUUCAGAUGUUGUCGGUCAUUCAAUUUUAUCCUUGGCUUUAUUUCCAAUGCUUUUUGGCCUGUGUGUAUGCUAACAUAGUGUGUCCUAACUAGUUUGAAGAUCGUAGAUAAACAGUUGUUCCUUGGGUUGUCCACACUUAAUUGAUUAAACAUGCAUUUUUGUUAUAAUCCAGGUUUAGUGGUGUGUUUCCCAGUGUGAAUGCAGCAAUAAAAAGAAGAGACCAAGCACUGCAGGUAUAAGUAGCCCGGUUUGAAAAAGGUGAAGUUAUAGCUGAAUAAAGUGUGGCCUGUUAAUACAAAAUUUAAAGUUUGAAAUUGAAAUUCAAACAAAUGGUCGAUCAAUGUCCUGUAACUGUAAGCUACAAAGUUAUUGGCUUUCAUUUCUGCUGGGAGGGAUAUAUUCAAAUAAAUAUUUACAAAAAAAACAUAAUUCGGUUACAUCCUUACAGGAACACUUUAUUUUUUCAUUGGUUGUUUUUUUCCUAUGAAUGAACAAACAACGGUUGUUGUAUUUAUUUUAAAGCACACCAGUGUUUUUAAAAAUGAUACACAGCCUAUAUUCUGUGAAAAAUGUCAAGUAAGAUAACAUAGCGUUUAAGGAAAUUUAUUUGUGGGAAAAAGUUUGCAAAAGUCCUGUGUCAAAUUCUCUUUUUUAUAAGGAUUACCAGAAAUACCAAGCUAAAGUGUUGAAGUUGCAAGAAAGGGAGAAAACGCCUCAAAAUCAGGCCAAAUUAGAUGCGGUGAGAAACGACAUCCUUUACCUACAUACAUCAUAGUCUAAGAAUUACUACAGUGAUAUUGUUCGAGCCUUCAGAAGUAAUUCAUCACUUUAUUGCGACAAUACUGUUUCGUGUGAUCAAAACUGACACACUCAUCAGGCAAUACAACGUGGUUGAUCUUACGAAACAGUAUCCUCCCAAAAAAGCUAUGAUUUAAUACUUCUGAAUUCUAUCGCAGAUCACAGCUGGUCACUGUGCUACGGUAAAUAGACAACACUGAAAGUGUCUCCUAGUCCUAAUGACAAUCCGAAAAAGAGUUUUAAGGGGAAACUGUCUCUCUCAGUUAUUUAUCAAUAGAGCAGUGACCUGCACUUGUAACCUAUGUCCUGUGUUUUGUACCAACAGUUUCUGUACUGUAACAUUAGGGCCAUUUAUACGAGGAAAAAUAAGACGCGAACUGGACCAUUUAUACGAGCAUGUGUUCUCUAAGUCUUCUGUACACUUAAACUUACUGUUAAAGUGUAAGUUUAUAAUACGAAUAUAGCAAUUUGAUAUAAAUUGUGAUAGUUAAAAUGGUCUACUUACACCAGCAGAUGUCACGCAUUUGUCCAGGAGGUUUGUUAUCGCCUUCUCUUUACAUAAUAACAAAAAAUCUUUUUCCUCCGGGAUGGACCAAGUGUCUCUUUUUACCUUUAAUGGCGUGCUCAUUGAGCGAACAAAAAAAUAAAGCAGAAAAGACAAGGAAACGAAAAUGCGUUGUAAUUUGUAAACAAUUUUUCCCCGCCAGCCUGCCAGUGGCCUGCCAGUCCACCGAGGGGCAAGCGAUAAUUUUCCCGCCAAAAAUUAACGCAUGCGUACUACGCUAAGACGUGUCUUAUAAGUCUUAUGCACCUAUCAAUGUAAAGCCGGCGGGGGGGGAGGCAGGGCAUGGGGUGGGGAUUUGAUUGUCUCUGUUGUCCCUGGGGUAGGGCAUUUGAUUGAUCUUGUUCUCCCGGGGGAGGGGAUAUUUGAAUCUUUCUUCGCCCGACGUGGAGAUAUUUGACUGCCGACUCGGACGAAAAAGACUGAGACCGAACAUAUGUUUCCCGCUUCCACGCUUCACGCAUGCGCCGUACGGUUUGAGAAAGAUCAGGAAUUCGUGGAGGCCAAUGAGAACAAGCGAAGGCUGAGUGGAUUUCACUGUUUUGUCUUCAAAUUUCGUUUGUUUUAGCGUGUUUUUGAUCAAUUGAACCUCUUAAUAUACUGUGGUAUCAAAGUAAACGGAAGUAAAGAGAAACCAAGUCAAUUUUUGCAAGUACAAUUGAUUAGUGUAUGGCUCAUUCGCUACAAUCACUGAAAACUUAUAAAAGUGACUUUCUUUGUACCCUUUACUAAGAACUUUCUCCUAAAGGUUUAUGCAUUCUACGCAGAGUAACACGGAUUAUGGUUAAAACGUAUAAUUGCAGCUGUAACAGGAACAGGUAUCUUUUGUGAUGCAGAACGUUUAUAAAAGAUUGCAGAGUUUUAUUUGGAGAUAUUUUUAUUGUACCUUUCUUAGGUUCUGCCUUGGGAUUGACAGCAAUGUGCAGCCUGGGGUGGGGAAAUUUGGUUGCAUUUGACUGGAAUGAUUUGCCCGUGGGCAGGGAAUUUGAUUGCAAAUUUUUGAAAAAAGUCAAAUCCCCACCCUAUGCCAUGCCUCCCCCCCCCGCCGGCAUUACAUUGAUAGGUGCAUUAUCUAAGGCUGUUCUAAAAUAAGACAGGCAGACGUGUCUUAGCUAAGUCGCGUCUUAUUUUAGACGAUAUGUGCCGUUUAUAUGGAAAGUUCGCGUCUUAUAUUUUUCCUCGUAUGAAUGGCCCUAUUGUCUGCUCCUGUAAAGUUGCGCACUGUGGGAAAUUGGUCUUUUACUGAAUUAAGUAACAAUCAGAAUUAAUCUAUGAAUAAAGUUUUACAAAACAAGCGUGAAGAAAUUCCAAUGCAAUAUAUGUGACCUUAACGACUGAUUUUUGUUGUUGUUGCUUCUGUAGACCAACCAAGCGCUGGCGGCAGCAAAACAGGAUUAUGAAAAACAGAACUCGGUCAUGCUGGCGGUAGGUCAACUCUCUAAAGAAUGUCUCCACGCUAAAAUAUUCCCGCGAAUUUGGCAAUUUUAUUCUUCUAAUUUAUAUUUAAAUGGUUUAGCUCAUCCUUGUGGUGUUUUAAGCUGAAGUUUGAUCGUGGCCUUUUCUUGUUUGCGCUCACUAUUAAAGUUCCAUACCUUUCCCACGGAAGCUACUUUUAUCUAAGACCCCUCCCACCCCUUUGGAGUUAAUUCACCUUUUUUUACCUUUUAAUUUCACCUUCCAUACCCCUUUCUCCCUUGAACCUUAAAGAAUUUCCAAUCAUUUCUGUGGUGGGUAUAGAGAUUUUCUCCCCUCCCUUCGCCGCCGGUCCACCAAACAGGCGUAUAAAUGGCUUGCCGAGAGUACAUCUAGUAUCCAUGAGGAAAUAGCGGGCGCUAUUUCCUUUCACUAAACGAUGCAAAGAGAGUUGGUACGAGACUGAAAUAAGUUAUGCGCAAGAUACAUCUCUAGCCGGAUUUUGGAAAGCGUUACCGCCAAUUAAAACCUCUUUCGCUAAGGAGUUUUUUUUUUUCACCCAAAGUAGUGCAAACGUCACUUUUUCCCCCUUCUCCUCCUUUCUUUCUCCUUGCUCUUUCUUUUUAUUCUUUCCCGUUGCAUUUGCUAGUGUGAUAUUCGCGCUUAUCAGGCGAAAUAAAUCCUGCCUUUUGGGCCUUCUCCAUCAAAUGGCUGCAAAUUUCGUAGUUUGCCUAAUAUUAUAUAUUUUUUCUUUUCUUAUCUGUUGCAGGACUUGCCUCAGCUAAUAGAGGGUAGAAUAGACUAUUUUGAACCUUCGUUUGAAGCUAUGAUCAGAUCUGGGGUAAGUUUCGUUUUUUUACGAACCUGGCAGGUGCUAUCUCAGUCAUGGUUGCUAUACAUUCCACAAGAGGUUAACACACAGGGACGACCUAAACGGAUUUAUGUCGUUCACGGAAAGACAACAGCACUGGUGUGGACGCAUAGCCUUGAGACGUGGCUAGUGCCUAGACGUGCUUUAUUGAAGUCGACACCACGAGUUUCACAGCAGAAAAACUGUAAAGCGCGCGGUGACGACGAGUCGAUGAGAGGUAAACGCGGGAAAAGCAUGCAAGCACGUGACAUUUCGUAUUGAAUUUCUACUGCUGAUUGAUUGAAAAAGUGGAGUAAGCGUCUUAGUUGAGUAAUCACAUGUUGGCAAAGAAAAGCAGGGCAAAUACCUGCCAAUUACCAAACCAAACGCUUUCGGCAUCCACACCUUCAAGAAGAGAUUUCUUCGGCCAGAAUUUAAUGAAAAGAUUUUUUUCUGUUUGUUCACAGGCCAGUUAUUACAGUAAAGCAUCAGAAGCCCUUUCAGACCUCACAAACAAACUCGGCUGGAAAAAAGAACUUUCGGACGAGGAUUCUCAACAACAGCUCCAGCAAAAACUGGCAGAUUUAAAGGCACUUUCAAUUGUGGAAGAUGGCUGACCUGUAAUAGCGGAGCAUUAGAUCAGACUGUUCACCAGACUAUGUCCGGCUCGGCUUGUUCUGCUAUGAAGAGGACCGUUAUAGGAGGGUCCUUUUCUCACCUUUAAUCGUUACGGAACAUCUAACAAAAAAUUCACCUGGGGGGGGGACUCCGCGUAUGAAAGGGGUGGGGAUGCUCGUCGUCUCGCUUAGGGGUGUAAGUUUCGCAUUUUGGUCUCACUUAGGGUGUUCUGCGCAAAACGCCAUCAUAUUUAGCCGUGAAGGUCUUGUUUAGGGUUGCACGCGGCUGAUAAUAGGGAGCCUUAGCAACGACGACGGCGACGGCAGCGAGGACGUCAAAAAAGCAGUAGGUUUAUUACGCAAAACAACAAGUUUGCACGUGCAUCACGCUUUUUUGUACAUUUCUUUACCGUCCUUGCACGACUACGACGUGAAAAUGCCUAAUUACAGGUUUUAUGGAGGACGUAAACAAGCGACGACGAAUCCCUUUUUCUCUCUCUAAACUUGAGUGCGGUCCUCAAGAAAUCAACUCCGGGGAAAUUCGCUUACACUUGCCAUUUUCAGCAAAUUGGAAUAAACGCGACAAAGAUUGAAAACACGGGAA